GGUUGAUAAAAUGUAGCACAUAGUAGGUAGAUGCAUAUAAAUACACAUAUAAAACAAGGGCCAUUUCAUGAGUAUUUUGCAAGCUUCUCUGUUUUUUAUCCCCUGUUUAUGCUCUGUUUCUCCCCUGCCAGAAACCCUCCGUCCAAUUCCUCCUUCACCGCCCCCCCCCCCCCCCCCCCCCCACCCGCCUUCUUCUUUCAGGUAUUUCGAAGCAUACGUUUUUCUCUUAUUGCUUUACUCAUUCCUACCUUUAAGUUGAUCUUUCAAAGGAGGUUUCAACCGUAUUGUAAGGCGGUUGAUCAAAGCUCUAUCAACCUUGAACACCCCUUUUAUUCUGAACCUACAAGUUGGUGAUUCUCUUGUGCUUCUUUACAAAUUUUAGUCAAUCAGAAACAUGGAUAUUUUGCAACAGAGCGGAUUCGAGGAGGUAAACAAAAGAUGCGUAGAUUGCAACACUACCAGAACGCCUCUAUGGAGAGGUGGUCCAGCUGGCCCAAGGUCACUUUGUAAUGCAUGUGGAAUCAGGCAUAGAAAGAAGAAGAGGGCUCUUCUUGGUUUGGACAGAGAUAGUAGAACAGAAAAGAGUAAAAGUAAAACGGGAACCGAUGUUAGUCGAAGUGGUGUUAAGACUCUAGGAAGAGAAAUGGGUUUGCAUCGUAUGGUGGGGAAGCAGGAAUGGAAGAGCAAGCUGAGAGAGGAAGAACAAGCUGCUUUUCUUUUGAUGGCUUUAUCUUGCGGCCCUGCCCAUGCUUAGGACCGUGUAGAGUGACUAACAUGAAUAUGAAAAUCACGCUCUACUCUUAUGUCACUUCAAAAAAAAAAAAAAAAAAAACAAUUGGCAUUGCCUCCAAUGUAAAAUCAAUAGUUUCUAAGAGUGAAUACAAAAGAUGAACUAUUUUAUUCAA